AGUAUAAAUGUUGCUUCUUAAAUAAAUAGCAACUCCAUUGAUCUCAUUUACACACUCUCUUCCACCAUGGCCGUUUCUGGAUAUUUCAUCAGAUUAAACCAAGCUACACUACCAAAUUUCCCACCUCCUAAACUCAAUCAUGCUCCAAGAAAACAAAAGAUGCGUGUUAAAGCAUGCGGAGCAAGUUCGGGAUCGGAGGAAAGGAACAUGGCGAUGAGGAAAGACAAGGAAGAAUUGAAGCUUGAUUUCUCUAGCGAGAAACCGGCGACGCCGUUGCUAGAUACCAUCAACCACCCCAUUCAUAUGAAGAAUCUCACCAAGAAGGAUUUGGAACAGUUGGCUGCAGAGCUGAGGCAAGAGAUCGUGUACACCGUGUCGAAAACCGGGGGCCACCUGAGCUCCAGCCUCGGCGUGGUGGAGCUCACUGUCGCGCUCCACCACGUCUUCAACACCCCAGAUGACAAACUCAUCUGGGAUGUGGGCCAUCAGGCGUACGGUCAUAAGAUUCUGACGGGGAGGCGGUCGAAGAUGCAUACGAUAAGGCAGACAUCGGGACUGGCCGGCUUUCCCAAGAGGGAUGAGAGUGUUCAUGAUGCCUUUGGUGUUGGCCAUAGCUCCACCAGCAUUUCUGCUGGUCUUGGUAUGGCUGUAGCUAGAGAUCUGUUAGGGAAAAACAACAGUGUCGUGUCGGUGAUUGGAGACGGAGCCAUGACUGCUGGCCAAGCCUAUGAGGCCAUGAAUAAUGCAGGCUUCCUGGACUCCAACCUCAUCGUCGUCUUGAAUGACAACAAGCAGGUGUCGCUCCCCACAGCCACGCUCGAUGGCCCUGCCACCCCUGUUGGCGCCCUCAGUAGCGCCCUCACCAAGCUUCAAGCCAGCCCUAAGUUUAGGCAGCUUAGGGAGGCUGCUAAAAGUAUAACGAAGCAGAUAGGGCCGCAGGCGCAUGAGGUGGCGGCUAAGGUGGAUGAGUACGCGAGGGGGAUGCUGAGCGCGUCUGGCUCCACUCUCUUUGAGGAGCUCGGGUUGUACUACAUUGGCCCUGUGGAUGGACACAACAUUGAUGAUUUGGUCACUAUUUUUGAGAAGGUUAAGGCGAUGCCAGCACCGGGGCCGGUUCUCAUACACAUUGUGACAGAGAAAGGGAAGGGCUAUCCACCAGCAGAAGCAGCAGCUGAUAGAAUGCAUGGUGUUGUCAAGUUUGAUCCUUCGACCGGGAAGCAAAACAAGGCGAAAUCGUCGACACUUUCGUACACACAGUAUUUUGCAGAAGCAUUGGUGAAAGAAGCUGAGGUAGACAGCAAGAUUGUGGGGAUCCAUGCUGCAAUGGGGGGUGGAACUGGCCUCAACUUCUUCCAGAAGCGAUUUCCCGAGCGAUGUUUUGAUGUCGGGAUUGCUGAGCAGCACGCUGUCACAUUUGCAGCCGGCUUGGCCUCUGAGGGCCUCAAGCCCUUUUGUGCCAUCUACUCGUCCUUCCUUCAACGAGGCUACGACCAGGUGGUCCAUGAUGUUGAUCUGCAAAAACUGCCUGUCCGGUUCGCCAUGGACCGGGCUGGCCUAGUUGGGGCUGAUGGGCCCACUCAUUGUGGCGCGUUUGAUGUCACCUACAUGGCCUGCCUGCCUAACAUGGUGGUGAUGGCUCCAGCGGAUGAGGCUGAGCUCAUACACAUGGUUGCAACGGCUGCAGCCAUAGAUGACCGCCCUAGCUGCUUCCGGUUCCCAAGAGGGAACGGCGUGGGAGUUCCUCUCCCUCACAAUAACAAAGGAACACCAAUCGAAAUUGGGAAGGGAAGAAUACUAGUAGAAGGGAACAGGGUGGCAAUAGUAGGGUACGGAGCCGCGGUGCAGCAGUGCCUCGAAGCAGCAAAGGUUCUCGAGUCCUACGACAUAGCACCCACAGUGGUGGAUGCAAGAUUCUGCAAGCCACUGGACACUGAUCUAAUCCGGCGACUUGCCAAGGAGCACGAGAUCCUCAUCACGGUUGAAGAGGGCUCGAUCGGGGGAUUCGGCUCCCAUGUUUCACAUUUUCUAAGCCUUAAUGGACUCCUUGAUGGUCACCUCAAGCUGAGAUCAAUGAUGCUACCUGAUAGAUACAUAGACCAUGGAGCACCAAAGGAUCAGAUUGAAGAAGCAGGUCUCACUUCAAGGCAUAUUUGUGGGACAGUUUUGUCACUUGUUGGAAGGCCUGUGGAGGCACUCAGACUUCAAUAGGUUAAGAAUUUGUGUUGUUAGAAACAAAUUAAUUAUAUGCAAGAUUGUGAUUAUCUCCUAUGUCUAUAUGAUGAAUAGUCUCUCUUCUUUUUUUAAUAAUCAAAUUUAUCAUGCUCA